UGUAUUGCUUAUUGAACAACAAACGAUACUUUCAUUGUAACCGUUUUGUUUUCCAUUACAGGUGGUAACAUCAUUAUUAACAAUGUAUAUGUAUAUAUCAAUACAUUUUGUCUGGAAACUAGCCCAUUUAAUCCGAGAUCAUUUUAAUGAGAAUUGAUUGUAUUUAGUGUGAAUUUCAUCAAUAACACAGCCCUAUAUGUUUAUAUGGUACCUGUGGGAGGUAUUCGGUAGGCGGCGCCAGCGCUGUAACAGACAGGCUGCUACAAUGUUACAGCGUCUGUAAAUAAUAACACGGAAGUACGCAGUCCCUGUGUCUGGGUGGAGAAACAUGGCUACCGUAGUUUAAGAGCUGAACUCGUUCACAUGCUGUGCUUAGUGUGAUCAACAACGGCGAGUGUUCAACUCAGACGAUUGCUGUUAUAACUUUUACAGUUGAGACGUCUUCACUUCACCAGAGUAUAAACGAAUUCAGCGUGUUUAUGAGACCCGUCUCUGAAAUGAAAGAAGAGAUGGAUAUCUGCGCAUCCUCCGCGUCUCUCCUUGAGGAAGAACUCGCCUCUGCUAUCGAGCCUGCAGUGAAAGCGGCUGUGCUGAGCGUCAUGUCUGCGUUAGCAAAGUUCGUGGACAGUAAAUGUGCAGUUUUCAAUCUCAGACUGGACGAAAGAGACCAAGAAUUUGAAAGCGUGAGAUUGCGAUUGGAAAUAGCGGAGAGCGAGUUGAAAGCAAUGCGAGACGGAGAAUACACGAACACUGGCGAUAAGAACUUCACCCAAUCUCUCACAAACACUGACACACAAUACCACGGGAGCGACAGUAUUAUUGCUCACGGUCUGCCGGCGCGGGAUUUCUCCACUCUUCCAGUUCAGCCAGUCAGGGAUCCGGUGCCUGCAGUCCACACCGCACUGAAAAACUCCCGGGUUUUAAUACAGGAGGAUGGAAGCUAUUCCGAGCAGGACCUGCUGAUGCGAGGUGAUGACUCUGAACAGAGAGACCACACAAGCACAGCGGGGUGGAGAAGAGCACUGAAAGGUCCUGCAGAGAGAAAUGCUCUCCCUCAUGCUGAGGAAGGGUCAAAGGCAGAAUCAGUUCCCAUUCAAGAGGAGCUCUUUGACCAGGAAUGGUGCAGGAGUCCAGAGCAGGCUACAGAGCUGACAUCUAUUGAAGGGGAGGAGGAGAAACCUAAACUAGAUCCUGUCCACAUUAAUGAAGAGAUCCCUGGAAUUGAACCAGUCAUCAUUAAAGAGGAGGUUCUUGAACUUGAAUCUGACCGCAUUGAAGAGGGGGGUUCUAACCACUUUGAAAGACAGCAGCAAAUUCACACAGGAGAGAAACUGCAUCUCUAUACUGUGUGUGGGAAGAGUCUCAGUACAUCAACAGAUCUGAAAAGACACCGUCGCUUUCACACAGGAGAGAAGUUACACCAUCUUAAAACACACCAGCAAAUUCACUAUGGAAAGAAGCUGUAUCACUGUAGUGGAGGUGAAAAGAGUUUCACUCAGUUAGGAACCCUGACAUUGCAUCAGCGAAUGCACACAGGAGGGAAGCUGUAUCGCUGCACUUACUGUGCAAAGGAUUUUAAUACAGCAGAAGAGCUCAAAAUACACCAUAGAUCUCAUACAGGAGGGAAACCAUAUCGCUGCACUGAGUGUGAGAAGGGUUUCAAACAAGUAUCCCACCUUAAAGCCCACCAGCGAAUUCACACGGGAGAGAAACCUUAUAGCUGCACAGAGUGUGAGAAGAGUUUCAAACAAAUAUCCCACCUCAAAUCCCACCAGCGAAUUCACACAGGAGAGAAGCCGUAUAGCUGUGAUUACUGUGGGAAGAGAUUCAAUCGGGCAGGAAAUCUGGUGUCACACCUUCGAGUUCACAGAGGGAAGCAGUCGGCUCACUGUGCCCAAUAAGAGAGAUUUUAUUUUCCACUCGCAGUUGAAAAAGCACAGAGUUUUCACACGUACUUCAUGACUUGUGUCCUUCUAGUAUAUAUUUCUCCUGUUGAACUGUAACUUAAUUGAGACCAUAGGCACCUAACUGAUAGAGCACAGGGUAGGCAAACGAUAUAUUUUGCCCCUCGACUGUUUAUGUUCAGUGUAAACAUACUAUUAUUCUAUGUUUUGUUUUUGUUUUGCCUAUAAACGGUUUAAAAUGUAAAAAAAUGGAAAGUCAUUCAUAAGACGCCAUAAAUCCAACAUUAAAAAUAAAUAAAUCAAUGAAACAGCCCCUACACAAAUAGUGGUUUGACCUGUAGUCCGCUCUGCACUAUUUACUCCAGCUAACGUUAACAGUGGUGUGACUGCAGCAGAAGAUGCUGGGCAGUUUAAAUAGGAAAAUAAAUGAUUAAUUAAAUAUAGGCUAGGUAAUUGUGAGUUUAGUUUGUUUUUCAUUAAAAACUUUUUUUUUAUUAAAAUUAAUUUUCAGCUUUCAUAUUGAAGCUUGUUGUGUACUACUCAUUCAAGCAAACCAAGUAGGAAUUUGCUUAAAACUUUUUUCAAGUCAAAUAAGCGUGUUUGUGUUUAAAUAAUGACAAUAGUUUAUUCUUACUUUAAAGGCACGCGCCUGAAUCGUAAGGUAAUUAAACUGUUUGCUUAUACUCUCCCCACCGUUCUGCGCACUGUCAGCAAUGGUUAAAGAUAUAAAUAAUGUACCCGAUCCGAAGCCUGAGUAUUAUUAAAGUAAAAAAUAAAAAUAUUUUAAAACAAAAUAUUUUAUUUUUUACAUUUGGUUAUUAGUUAAACAUAGAAAAUUGUCAAACUCUGUAUUUACGAUAUCUGAUUGAGUGAAGCAGAGGUUGUAUAUGAUUUUUGAGGCCGAGGUUUCAUAAAAUUAACCCUUUAAAAACUAUGUUUGUUAACUAGCCUCAUGUGAGAUUUAUCAGAUUGAUCUAUCUGGUAAAAUGACAAGGCGUAAGUGAAGUAAUUUCUGAAUUUUCUACAGUCAAAUUAAAAAUUGCUUUUAAAAGUGGUCCAAAAUGGCUGAGAAUGCAUCAGAGAUCAUAUACAAUGGG